AUGCCGGGGAAGGACGUCGACGCGCCCGCGGCGGAGCCGAUGGAAACGAGCAGCGCGGGCGCUGGGAGCGGCGCGCAGGAGGCGCGGAAGGGGAAGAAGAAGAAGAAGGCGCAACAGGGGGAAGGGGGGAGCGGAAGCCUUCCGCCGCACCUGGAGGAGCUGCGCUCGCGCGUGAUCUGCGACAUGGACGCGCCGAAACAGGUGCGCGGCGGAGGGGGGAUGGGAGGGGUCGAGGGCGGAAGAGUUGCGCGGAAGGUGCAGUGGUUGCGCGUAAGAGGAAGAGAAGCGUGCGUGAGGCAGAACGACCGUUGGGAAGGGCGUUGGCGAGAAACGGGAAAAGGGCUUGGCAAGAUCGAGGGGUCCUGGCACAGCGGCGAGCAGAUAUGGCGCAGAGGGGUGGCUGGAGAGCCACGAGGGCGCGGCACGUGCGGUGCAGGCGAGAUGGCACCGUGGAUGCUGGUGCUGAUGCUGAUGCUGGCCCCUCCUUUCCCCCCCUCCCAUUUCCGCCUCCGCUUUCAUGACCCUCCGUCCCGCUCCGCCUUUCCUCUUCCUCCUUUCGUCCUCCUCAUCAUUCCUUACCACCUUCUUCCCCCCUUCGCCCCUCCUCCCUCCCCACUGCUGCAGACUCACGCGCUGCAGUAUUCAGGCGCCUUUGCCGCGCUGGGCGUGGACAACAGCAUGACUCUGGAGCGCUUCAGACGGGAAUUGACGGUGGAGAUCGUGUCGCAGUCAGCGGACGGCCACGAUCUCGUCUUUGACCUCGUCGGCAUCGAUGCUGCGCUCGCCAACGCCUUCCGUCGGAUACUCAUCGCUGAGGUACCAACGAUGGCGAUAGAGAAGGUGUUGAUGGCCAACAACACGUCGCUAGUGCAGGACGAGGUGCUCUCGUGUGUGUCGGUCUUACUCCCUCAUUGCCCUGUUCUCCCUCUUGCCUUCCCUCCCCCCCUCAUGCAGGUACCAACGAUGGCGAUAGAGAAGGUGUUCAUGGCGAACAACACCUCUCUAGUGCAGGACGAGGUGCUCUCGCAUCGCCUCGGCCUCGUGCCCAUCGCUGUCGACCCCCGCCUCUUCGACUUCCCCUCAGAGGACGGCAUGGCGAGUGAGAGCAACACCAUCGUCUUCAAGCUCGACUACAAGUGCACACGCAACCCGCCUGCUGACGGCUCCAGACACGGCACGGUGCAGUCAAAGCAUCUGGUGUGGCAGCCCAACGGCAGCACGUACCCGCCCGACCGCCCCACCAAGUUCACCUCCUUUGGUCGCCCGCAGAGCGAGCUGCAUGACUUCGCCACUCGCCCCCCCGCCCCCACCUACCCCGACAUCACCCUUGCCAGGCUGCGACCCGGGCAGGCCAUCGAAUUGGAGGCGCAUGCAGUGAAGGGCAUCGGCCGCACGCACGCCAAGUGGUCACCUGUUGCUACUGCCUCCUACCGCAUGCUGCCAGAGGUGAGUCCUACCGCAUGCUGCCAGAGUGGGCCAUUGGUUGGAGGGCGGAUGGCUGCGGCAGUGGGCCAUUGGUUGGAGGGCGGAUGGCUGCGGCAGUGGGCCAUUGGAGGGCGGAUGGCUGCGGCAGUGGGCCAUUGGUUGGAGGGCGGAUGGCUGCGGCAGUGGGCCAUUGGAGGGCGGAUGGCUGCGGCAGUGGGCCAUUGGAGGGCGGAUGGCUGCGGCAGUGGGCCAUUGGAGGGCGGAUGGCUGCGGCAGUGGGCCAUUGGAGGGCGGAUGGCUGCGGCAGUGGGCCAUUGGAGGGCGGAUGGCUGCGGCAGUGGGCCAUUGGAGGGCGGAUGGCUGCGGCAGUGGGCCAUUGGUUGGAGGGCGGAUGGCUGCGGCAGUGGGCCAUUGGAGGGCGGAUGGCUGCGGCAGUGGGCCAUUGGAGGGCGGAUGGCUGCGGCAGUGGGCCAUUGGAGGGCGGAUGGCUGCGGCAGUGGGCCAUUGGAGGGCGGAUGGCUGCGGCAGUGGGCCAUUGGAGGGCGGAUGGCUGCGGCAGUGGGCCAUUGGUUGGAGGGCGGAUGGCUGCGGCAGUGGGCCAUUGGAGGGCGGAUGGCUGCGGCAGUGGGCCAUUGGUUGGAGGGCGGAUGGCUGCGGCAGUGGGCCAUUGGUUGGAGGGCGGAUGGCUGCGGCAGUGGGCCAUUGGUUGGAGGGCGGAUGGCUGCGGCAGUGGGCCAUUGGUUGGAGGGUGGAUGGCUGCGGCAGUGGGCCAUUGGAGGGCGGAUGGCUGCGGCAGUGGGCCAUUGGAUGGAGGGCGGAUGGGUGGUGUUUGUGUUGCGCAAAGCGGUGGAGGGGCAGAUGGUGGUGUUCCGCAAGGCAGUGGAGGGGGAGAUGGCAGAGCAGCUAGUGGCAAAGUGCCCCAUGAACGUGUUUGAUAUCGAGGACAUGGGCAAUGGCAUCCAGAGGGCAACAGCCCCACGUGCACGCAACUGCACGGUGUGUCGGGAGUGCAUCAGGGAGGAGGGGUGGGGCGACUACAUUCAGCUCAGAAGAAAACGGGACCACUUCAUUUUCUCAGUAAUGAGCAUGGGAGCGCUGCCGCCCAACGUGCUAUUCACAGACGCAUUCAACCUGCUGGAGGGAAUCCCAACCUUUCCUUUUCUCUCUUUUCUCCGUUUUCGUCCCCCCUCCCACUCCUCCCACCUUCCAUUCACCACACACCACAGUCUCAGUGGAGAGCACGGGAGCACUGCCCCCCAACGUGCUCUUCACAGAGGCAGUCAAGCUGCUGGAGAGCAAGGCCAGGCGCCUUGCCACUGA